AUCUAGGCACUUGCCCGCCUCUUCCCCCCUCCCCCCAACAGCGAAAAAAAGUUUCUUUGUUCUGUUUUCCUCUCCUUUUUCUCUAAAACCUGCACCAGAGAACAUGAGAUCAUAAUCUCCUCCCUCACCCGUUCAAGACAUUGGUCCAAGGUGGACCAACAACCGGGUCCUCAACCAUGACCACCACCACAGGAGACAUAAUGGCCAAGAUGCUCGACCAUGAGACAGAAAAUACGCCUCAACAACAACAACAACAACCACCACCACCAGCGCCGCCACCACCACCACAAGACCUUCCAGCAUCAAAUUACCCCCUCUCCUCCACAGACGACGUCUCCUCCCUUUCCAAACCACCAGCUAACGAACCCUCCCGACGUCGUCACUCCUCCUCCCACAGCGGCGCCUCCGCAAGCAGCGCCUCCCUCUCCUCGGGCCACCUCGAAGCCCUGCACCAAGACGAAAUAGCCUCCAUCGAAAACGCCACCCGCCUCUCCACCGUCCAAACCCGCACAUCCACCUUCUCCUCGGCCUCCCACCCUCCAGAUCUCGAAGUAACUUUCUCUCCCGACGACCCGGAAAACCCAAAAAACUGGCCGCUGUGGUACCGAUGCUGGACCAUCUUUGCGUGCUCGUACAGCACGUGGGUGGUGGUUUUGUACAGUUCGUCGUACACGGCUAUUGUUCCCGGGCUGAUGAAGGAGUAUCAUGUUACCAAUCAACCCGUGGCGACGCUGGGGCUGACGACGUACCUGUUUGGAUUGGCGUUUGGGUGUUUGGCGCUGGCGCCGCUGAGCGAGCUGUAUGGACGGAGGCCGAUUUAUUUGGUUAGUUUGGGGGUGUUUGCGUUGUUGAUUUUGCCUUGUGCGAUGCCGAGUAGUUUGGCGGAGAUUAUUGUGGUGAGGUUUUUUGGCGCCCUCUUCGGAGCAGUAAUGGUCUCCAACUCGCCCGCCACCGUAGUCGACAUCGCCAACCCGGACUACCUCGCCCUCUGCAUGGCCGUGACCUCGAUCGCCCCCCUCAACGGGCCCGUCACCGGCCCGCUUAUCGGCGGUUUCGCCUACCAAUACCUCGGCUUCCGCUGGGCCAACUGGAUCGUCCUCAUCCUCUCCGGCGCCGCAGUCAUCUUCAUGGCCACCAUUCGCGAGACCUACGCGCCCGCCAUCCUGCGCGCCAAAGCCGCCCGUCUGCGCAAGGAAACCGGCGACGACCGGUACUGGUCGCGCUUCGACCAAAAGGUGUCGACCCUCCAACUCCUCAAGACCAACCUCUCCCGCCCUUUCAUCCUAGCAGCAACCGAGCCCAUCCUCUGGUUCUUCAACACGUGGAUCUCCCUCGUCUACGCCAUCUUGUACCUCUGCUUCGUCGCCUACCCCAUCGUCUUCAAAGAGCACCGCGGCUGGUCCACGGGGCAAGUCGGCCUGGCCUUUUUGGGAAUGGGCUGCGGCACCGUCGCCUCCAUCGUUCUCGAACCCUUCUGGCGCUCCAUCAUCAACAAGCGCACGUCCAAAUUCGAUGCCGAAACGGGCCGUCCUGCUCCCGAAGCCCAGGCGUACGUCAUGACCAUCGGCGCCGUCCUCACCGCGUGCGGACAGCUCGCCUUCAGCUGGACCUGUCUCCCGGUAUCGAUCCACUGGAUCGUACCCAUCAUCUUCGGCGUUCCCUUUGGCAUGGGAAACACCAUCAGCUUCAUCUACGGAUCCAACUACCUAGCCGGCGCAUACGGUCUCUACGCCGCCUCUGCGCUCGCCGCUAAUAGUUUCCUGCGCUCCGUGGCCGGCGGCGUCUUGCCGCUUGCGGGACCGAGUAUGUACAGGAACCUGACGCCGCAGAUUGCGGGCACGAUUUUGGCUGUGUUGGAGGUGCUGCUGAUUCCGAUUCCGAUUAUUUUCUACAGGUAUGGAGAGAGGAUUAGAGGGCGGAGUAAGGUUAUUAGGAUCAUGCGGGAGGAGCAGGCGAGGGAGGAUAAGAGGAGGUUUAAGCAGAGCGAAAGGGCCAGGAGGAGGGGUGCAGCGGCUGGGGAGAAGGAUGAGGAAAGCGCGGAGGGGAAUGGGAUGGUGGAGACGGAGACGGCGACGGGUGAGGGGGAGGUCAGUGGGGAGGGGGUGGUGGUUGUGGCUUCCACUUUGGGGACAUCAGGGGAGAAAGAAGAAACAGUGAAGAAGGACGAUGAAGCGGUUUGAUGACUUUUUUGUUUUAUGGAAGUGAGCGAAGGUAUACAUUUGAGUUUAAAAGUUAUGAUUGACGAGCGAGCGGGAUGAAUGAAAAGCGAUCAAACGUAACGCAUGUGACCCG